GCUUAACCUUGGCUCCGCCCUAAGCGUCACCAGCGUGAAGUGUGCCCACUUCAGGACAGUCUCCAAAGAGAGGCCCAGGCGACAGCGAGCGAGACCCGUUCAGCUCAGUCUACCAAUCAAGGGCAGCGGGAAGGAAGCCGACUGCGCUACGACCACCCAGAGAUCGCGUCCCACCGCAGCGCCCACGGCCGGCGCGGGGAACUAGCCAGCCUCAGAGAUCAGCUCGCCACUGCUGGUCGCUGUCCUCCAAAACCUGCACUACCAGAUUGUGCGAAGACCCCUCACUGGCACAGCACAAUCACCUUUUCCAGAUCUGAUCACAUACUGUCAUACCUCAGAGAGAUUGCAGAUUUGGUUCCAGACCACUAUGAUCUCUUGUGACAAUGUCUUCCAUCAAGAUUGAGUGUGUUUUACCACAGAAAUGUGGAUGUGGUGAGUCUCCAGUGUGGGAGGAAGCAUCCAAUUCUCUGCUCUUCGUAGACAUCCCUGCAAAAAAGAUUUGCCAGUGGAAUUCACUCAGCAAGCAAGUGCAGCAAGUGACUGUGGAUGCCCCAGUCAGCUCAGUGGCCCUUCGCCAGUCAGGAGGCUAUGUCGCCACCAUUGGAACAAAGUUCUGUGCUUUGAACUGGGAAAAUCAAUCAGUAGUUGUCCUGGCCGAAGUGGAUAAAGACAAGAAAAACAAUCGAUUCAAUGAUGGGAAAGUGGAUCCUGCAGGGAGAUACUUUGCUGGCACCAUGGCUGAGGAAGUAGCCCCUGCAGUUCUUGAGCGGCACCAGGGGUCCCUGUACUCCCUCUCUCCUGACCACCAUGUGAAGAAAUACUUUGAUCAGGUGGACAUCUCCAACGGUUUGGAUUGGUCCCUAGACCACAAAAUCUUCUACUACAUUGACAGCCUCUCCUACUCUGUGGAUGCUUUUGACUAUGACCUACAAACAGGGCAGAUAUCCAACCGCAGAAGUGUUUACAAGCUAGAGAAAGAGGAACAAAUCCCAGAUGGAAUGUGCAUUGAUGUUGAGGGAAGGCUUUGGGUGGCCUGUUACAAUGGAGGAAGAGUGAUUCGCUUAGAUCCUGAGACAGGGAAAAGACUUCAAACUGUGAAAUUGCCCGUUGAUAAAACAACUUCAUGCUGCUUCGGAGGGAAAGAUUACUCUGAAAUGUAUGUGACCUGUGCCCGGGAUGGGAUGGACCCUGACAGCCUUUUGAGGCAACCGGAGGCUGGUGGAAUUUUCAAGAUAACUGGUCUUGGAGUCAAAGGAAUUGCUUCCUAUCCCUAUGCAGGGUGAGCCACAGAUCUUCCAUCCUAUCACAGGAGGAUUUGAAAACUACUAGAGAAUUCUGGGGCUGAAGUCAAUAAAAUUUCAAUCUAGUUUUUAAAAUGAGGCAAUGAUAUUAUAACAGGGUUAAGUUUUUGUUUGUUUGUUUGUUUUUUUGUUUUUCAAGGUAGAGUCUCACUCUGGCUCAGGCUGACCUGGAACUCACUAUGUAGUCUCAGGAUGGCCUCGAACUGAGGGCGAUCCUCCUACCUUUGCCUCCUGAGUGCUGGGAUUAAAGACGUGUGCCACCACACCCGGCUAGGGUUGUUUUAAUGGACAAUUUGGAAGAGGUGCUGGAGAUUGAACACAGGGCGUGGUAUAUGAUUAGCACCAUUAGUUUAAAAUUCUUUUAAAACUUAGAGCAUUUUUCAUAGUGGAUAAAGCCGAGUGUGGUGGCACACACCUUUAAUCCCAGCACUUGGUGGGAGGCAGAGGUAGGACGAUCACUGUGAGUUCGAGGCCACCCUGAGACUACAUAGUGAGUUCCAGGUCAGCCUGAGCUAGAGUGAGACCCUACCUCAAAAAAGAAAACAAAAUAUUGGAUACAAAUUAGUUUUAAUAACACACUAUAAGGCCUUCUAUAAAGAGCCUGUAGAAAUUGUUCAACUGUCAAUCAACCUGCUGAUUUAUUGCAAAUUGCUUAAGAGGGUUGAAAUGGGACCACACUAGCUCUUUAUUCUGUAAACCGUGAAAAAAUGAAUGUGUAGAGAUUUAGUAAUAAUUUAUUAUAAUUAUGUUUCUUUUGUUUUAUCAUAAUCUUAUAAAGCAUACGAUGACACUAA